AUGCGCUCCUCAACCCUCUACCUCGCCCUAGCCGGCCUAGCCAGCAUCGUCCAAGCCAACCCGAUAUCUCAACCAGACGCCCAAACAGACCCCCGAGGCAUCAUCACCCGCGGCCUCUCCCACCUCCUCUCCUCCCGCUCUGAACCAACACGCUCCGGGCCGCCCCCGACAAGACGACAAGCAACGACGCCACCGCCCCCUGUACCAAGCAAUCCCGGCUGCAGCAUUCCCCCAGGCGGCGCCGGCAUACCCAACGCAAGCCGCAACAUCACCCUGACCGUAAUUGGUGGUGACACCCUAGGCCAGAUCGCCCGCCUCCUCAACUCGGGAAUCUGCAACAUCGCCAAGCUCAACAACAUCGCCAACCCGGACUUCAUCUUGAUUAGCCAGGUCUUGCAGGUGCCCAUCAACAUCGCGAACCCGGACAACGAAUCGUGUCUCAACCGCGGCGGAGCGAACCCGCCACCCGCGAACCCGCCCGCCAACCCGCCGCCCGCCAUGCAGAACUCCACCGCUCCCGGCAAGGCUACGAAGGUCAGGCGGAGCGGGGACCAUGUUUUCUGA